AUGCCAAGACUCAAUUUCACAACCGUGACAGAGUUUACCUUUGAAGGCUUUUCCGUUUUUGGGUGGCAGCACCGAAUCAUUCUCUUUGUGAUCUUUUUGGUCUUGUACCUCUUGACCCUUGCCAGCAAUGCUGUCAUCUUGACAGUAAUUCGCCUCAGCCGUCAACUUCACACACCCAUGUACUUCUUCUUGAGUGUGCUGUCCAUUUCUGAGACCUGUUAUACUGUGGCCAUCAUCCCUCGAAUGCUGGCUGGGCUCCUUAGCCCUCAGAAAGCCAUCUCCAUUCCAGAGUGUGCCACUCAGCUCUUUUUCUAUCUCACUUUUGGUAUCAAUAACUGUUUCUUGCUCACGGCCAUGGGAUACGACCGCUAUGUGGCUAUUUGCAACCCGCUACGAUAUUCUGUCAUCAUGGGUAAAAAGGCUUGUAUGUAUUUGACAAGUGGAUCAUGGAGUAUUGGCUUGAGCACAGCCAUCAUCCAAGUCUCUUCUGUGUUCACCCUGCCCUUCUGUGAUGCUAACACCAUCUCCCAUUUCUUUUGUGAUAUUCGGCCCCUAAUGAAACUUGCCUGUGCUGACAUUACUAUCAAGGAGUUUAUCACUUUGCUCAUCAGUUUGUGUGUACUUGUCCUACCAAUGGUUCUGAUCUUCAUCUCUUAUGUCUUGAUUGUCAUCACCAUCCUCAAGAUUGCAUCAGCUGAGGGCCGGAAAAAGGCCUUUGCCACUUGUGCCUCACAUCUCACUGUCGUCAUUGUCCACUAUGGCUGUACCUCCUUCAUCUACCUAAAGCCCAAAUCUCAAAAUUCUCUGCAGGACAGACUUAUCUCCAUGACGUACACUGUCAUUACCCCCCUCCUGAACCCUGUUGUCUACAGCUUGAGGAACAAAGAGGUCAAAGAUGCCAUGCUUAGAGUUUUGGGUAGAAAAUCCAUCUCUUCGUAG